AUGGGAAACAUACUCUCACCUUGCUUCACUUGGCCCUACACGUACAAAGUGUCUGACAGUCUUCAGAUGCAGCCACUACCUCGAGCAUCGCCAUAUAUCAUACGCCGAUUCUGGGGCAUCGUACACAAGAAGCUCAUGCGCUUUUCGCAUCUCUAUUGUCGUUGGUACGGGAUCUCGUUCAGCAAUCAGAUCAUACAACUGCCUUUCGGACUCCUUAUCAAAUGGUCGGAUGGAACCCGUAUCGAAGAGGUGUUGGCCAUGGAAGCCGCUCGCAAAGCUGGCAUGCCGGUACCUCGAGUCAUCUGUUAUGGCGAACAUCCCGAUAUGCCUCACGCGCCAGUCUCGAUACUCAUGACGCGAUUGCCAGGACAUGAACUAGGUGAAGUUUACAAGAGCCUCAGUCAGACCGAGAAAGACACUGUUCUGUUUGAGAUGAAGGCUUACCUGUCGUCAAUGCGGAGGUGGAAGAGUCCGUGGGGUGAACACCGCAUAUGCUCGUCGUCAGGCACUUCCAUCAGAAGCGUGCGCGUGCCAUUGAUAUCAAUGGGUCCCUUUGAGACCGAGCAGGAGAUGAACGACUACUUGCUCUAUCCCGCCGGACUCGACAUGUAUGAUAAUGACCAAAAAAAGAGCCAUGUUUCAGGAUUUAUCGAUUGGGAGUCUGCGGGUUGGUAUCCUGAUUACUGGGAGUUUACCACCGCUCUUCGCUUUCAGUAUGAAGACUUCUGGUGGUAUGACUUUGUUCUCAGACUCAGUGAUCACAAAUAUCUGGUUUAUAAAGAUGCUGAACAAGCUCUCACCAGAAUUACAGGUGAUUGGUAUGCGUGGUGA